AUGGGUAUUUUCAAGCCAAACCCGACGCGCGAACGGGUCCCCAAACAACAACAAAACACCACCUUCCUCGAGGUGGCCCACGAUCUUGUCAAUGCCGAGCGGUUCCCGCCGACCAUUCUUCAAGAGAGGCAACGCGGUGGACGGAUCGAGUACUUGAUCGACUGGGACGACGACGAGGACACGGGCGAACAAUACCCUCCUAGUUGGUCAAAGCAUCCAAGCGAAGACGUCACUGCGAAGGCAAUAUUUGACUGGAAGAAGAAACAAGGAGAGUUUGCGACAAGCGACGAGGACUCUGGAUCGGAAAUCGCACCAUCGCAGGCACCAGCAGCCGACACUCUGGACAGUAGCCAGCCCAUUCAGCCACCUCAUAGGCGCAAGCGCCAGCGCGGAAACAGCUCAGUCGCGUAUAGUGACUCGGAAAUCGAGGAUUCAGACGAGGACGCGCCCAACCCUCCUAAGCGACAUCGCAGCGAGCCGCUCUCGCUUUCAUCGAGUUCUGAGGUCGACACGGAUGCUGCCUCGGACAUUCUUCUCGAAUCCCCGAGCAACAUCUUUGUCGCAAUCGCCUCUAAGGUAGACUUUGAUGCCACCGAGUACCUCAGUGUAUCAAACUCACAGGGUUCAACAUCUUUUGGCUCACAGCCCGUCUCAGCCUUAGAGGACGAGGAUAACCAAGUGAUACUCACGGAGAACCUCAGCCAGCGGAUCAUUCCAGAUUCUCAGGACUAUUCUGCAUUUGAGUCCCAAGACUCGCACAUUGUUGCCUCCACCGAUCUUCAAAUCACUCAUCAGGGUGCCAUCAGCUCAGGGCAAGCCACUCACUCACAGCAGAACAAGUCUGAGGGUUCAUCGAGUGAAACCAAUCAGGAAGCAGCCCCAACCGCAAUCGUCGCGACUCAACACGAAGACUUUGUCACCAUACGCGACUCUCAAAACGACAGCAACAAUACCCAGCACGCUCAACGGGUGCUUCCCUUGCCUCACAUUUCCGCAAGUCAAAUCGAUACCAACAGCCUCACUGAAGAGGAUAUUGUCCCUGAUACCGAAGAAAGCUUCAGAACUUGUGUUGAGAGGCGGUCACUUCCUCCCACGCAUACCGAGCCGACUGCUAUUGCCCAAGCCACCCGACUGUCAAGUCUCCCUCCAAACAUGGCGUCUACCGAUGGCGAGCCGAUGUCGGCUAUAGAAGAGCUGAUGCGGCUGUCGCAGUCAAUCAUGGAAGACGAUGGAGAUGAGGAACCGUACUCUGGGUCCGGAGAAAAUCAACAGCAAGUCGGCGGGGACAGUGGCCCGGGGACUGAGACGAUUGAUUCUCAUGACUUCUCGAUGCCCAUGGAAAACCCCUUGAUGGAAAUCCAUUCACAACUCCCCAUAUCGACUGACUGGAAUAUGGAGGGUGACUCCACCUCUUCGGAAUUGCCAGUACAAUCCAGCGCCCCUCUGGAACCAGUCAUCGAGGCCCCAGUCAGCCAGCCGCCACAAACGGCUAACAUGGGAGACAUCUUCCCCGGUGGCCUCAUGCCCCCUGAACCCGUCCAGGAACUGCCCAUGACGAUAUCUCCGUCGGACAUCAGCCGGUCGAUGGAACCUGACGAUGGCUUGAAUACGCUUCACCAACAAGGCCUGCCUCUAAACAUCCUGCCCGCUGAAGAUACCGCAACAGCCAAAAGCACUGCGUCAUCACCCGACGUCGAAGAGCAAUAUCCAUCCGGACCUCCGACAGCCAUGGAUCAGAGCGAAUACCUCGUGACUGUCUCAUUUCCAGCCAACAUCCGCUCUCUGUAUUUGAACACCAUGUCAGAGUACAAAAAGGAGAUCGAGAAAUUUACUCUUAUGUGCCGAAACGGUGAAGAACUACCCGAUCAAAGUCUGGUGGAUUCCAUUGGAAGGCUGCUGGAUCAGUUGCGUGAUAUUUGCGACCUGCCUGCCUCUCUCGACGGUGCUUCCAUUGACGCACUGUCAGCGGAAGAUCUCAGGAAGCAUGCCAUGGGCACCAACAGCAAGUACUUCUUCGUCGGACGAUUUCUGGAGAGGUUACAAACAAGUAACAAGAAGGUGUUGAUAAUUGUGCGCGACAUCAACAUAAUGGGCUAUCUCGAGGCUGUCAUCGGCACGAAUGAUAUGGCAUAUUCUCUGAAGGGUCUUCACGAGCUUGAAAGUCAGGACGAGCAUUCUCUGCACGUUUUGCUUAUGCACACGGAGCAGACUCUCGUUGACGACUUGAGUGACUUCGACGUCGUCAUCGGUUUCGACUGUGGCAUCUUGCGGACGGACGUGGUCACCCAAUGGGCUCAAAUGAAUGGCAGAAAACCCAUGCUGAUCAGACUCAUGACGACGUAUUCCAUUGAGCAUCUCGAGCUGUACUUGCCGGACGACAAGGAGGACUUGGAGCGAAAGAAUGCCCUUCUCAUCUCCUUGUAUCAGUCCAGGGCCUUGAUCAACCGUGAUGAUCAGGCAGAGAUGAUUGACGGGUUGACCUCCCAUUUCGCCAACCAGGUCAUAGACCCAGAACCCAAGUUUGGAUGGGAACCUGAGCCGAUCCCGAACUCGGUUCUGGAUCUUUACUCCGAGAGCCAAACGGACAGUCAAAUGCCGCCGACCGCCGAGGAGCUGAAGAGUCGCAAGCGCAAAGCCGACGAUGACCAUCAGGAGGUCACCAAGCGUUUGCGUGUCAGCCCCCCUCCUGGACAGGCUGGCGGCAGUGUAGAUGAUGCGGUCCGCGGUCAUCUUAACCCCAAGCCAGCCCAUGUGCAUGUUCAAACAACGCAGGACCACCUCGACUCGUUGAACAACAAGAUUUCCGAACUAGAGCACCAGCUAGGGGAGAAGACCACUCUUGAGCACAACCUGCGGAAGCACAUCACCAACAUCUCCAAAAGAGUCAAGAGUCACGAUAAGACUACCAAUCACAUUCAUGAGAGGCUCAUGGAAGCGAUUGAAGACCGGAGCAGGUUUGAGGCCCAACAGAAGGAGGCGAAACAAAGCGAGGAGAAGGCCUUGAAAAAAUGCCAGACAUGGCAGAACAAGGUACAGAAACUCGAGGAAGAGCUUGAAAAGAAGUCCGCAACCCUCGAACGGGCCCUCGUAGAUGCCGGCACUGUAGCUACAGACGUGUUCAAGCAGAAAACAGACGAGCUUGAGCAAUCGCACGCAAAGAUCGCCGAGCUCGAGAAGAAGCUCGAGAGCCGCGACAACGAGCUGAGCUACGCCAGAGACGUAUACCAGACCGCCAAUCAAGCUAACAGCGAGCUCGAGCGCGAGAACAAGAUCCUCAAGGAGCAGGUCGCCGAGUUCCACAAGCAGGCCGCCGGCAGCCUCGCGCAGAUCCAGAACACCAACGCCAACGAGCAGAUCAUGGCGAUGCGCAGACAGGUCGAGGAGAACCAGGCCAUCACGCGAGACCGUGAGAAGGAGCUCACGCGUGUCGAGAAGGAGCUCAGGACGCUGAAGAACGGUCGCAGGGAAACGCGCCAACAGAGCGUUCCCCGAAGUCCGCGUCUCGGCAUGAUGAGCCCGAGAGCGCCCCGCGCGGCGGGCGGCUCCGCUAGUAGAGGCACCUCCCCCGUGCCGUACGACUCUUCGGGCAGUACGCCGGUUCCGGGCAUGCAGUUCUUGCCGUCCAAUAAUCACAGGUUCAACCAUCUAAGGGAGUGA